CAGGCUUUCACUGUCGACAUCGGGGGGUUUGGUGGAGAGUUGGUGGACCGGGUUGGGGGGGCUUCCGAUCCAGACUGCGCACUUGGAAUUAAGAACAUAGAAACAAAACAAAAACAAACAAACUCUAAAAACAGGGAUUGUCGACAGACAGCCACUAAUCAUGGAGGUGUUGGCAGCCCUAAAUUUGAACGAUUAUGCUCAAGCGUUCUCCAAAAUGGGGAUGUUCCCCGUGUUUGACCUCGCCUAUUACAUCGUGUCCAUCCUCUACCUCAAGUAUGAACCAGGCUCGGUGGAAGUUUCUCGUAGGAGUCCCGUGGCCUCCUGGCUGUGCGCCAUGCUCUACUGCUUUGGUAGUUACAUCCUGGCAGACAUCUUGCUCGGCAGCAGCCCCAUCGACUAUUUCCAAUACAACAGUCACAUCCUGCUGGCCUCAGCUGUCUGGUACCUGCUCUUUUACUGCCCACUGAACCUAUUCUAUAAGUGCGUGGCCUUCCUGCCGGUCAAGCUCGUGCUGGUGGCUUUGAAGGAGGUCGUCCGCGCACGUAAGAUCGCCGCCGGUGUUCACCAUGCCCACCAUGCAUACCACCACGGCUACUUCGUCAUGGUCAUCGUCGGAUACGUCAAAGGGUCUGGAGUGGCUCUCAUAUCCAACUUUGAGCAGCUGGUGCGUGGCGUGUGGAGGCCCGAGACCAACGAGAUCCUCAACAUGUCAUUCCCGACCAAAGCCAGUCUGUAUGGAGCAAUCCUCUUCACCAUGCAGGAGGCUCACUGGCUGCCGGUGUCCAAGAGCACACUCAUCCUCGUCUUCACCCUCUUCAUGGCCACAAGCAAGGUGGCGAUGACUGCCCGACACUCUCAUGGCUCCCCCUUUGCCCUCAUUGAGUCGUGGGUUUGCCACCUGCUGUUCGGCUCUCCUCUGGGAGGCUCCGAGGAGGACCACCAUCACCCUCCCGCCGCUGCUGCAUCUUCACCCCUCAAAACCAAGGAGGAGCUGAGCGAGGGCGCUCGUAAGAGGAAGGCCAAGAAAGCCGAGUAAGAAGUCGCACCGUGAUAAAACUGCAUCUAACUCGUGUGGAGGCCCUCAUGGCCUCCACAUGAUGGGACUUCCCAUUCCUUCCUAGGGAAAGGGGCAGUUUGAUGUUUUACCAAAUGAGACCCUUUCUGUUAGAGUCAAAUGGUGCUUUCUGCAUUUGACAUGGCUUGAGGACUAAAUACCAUGGCGAAUGUUCCACACUUCAUCCCAAUCUGGACAUUUCUAAAAACGUAUUUAUUUAUGUCUGUGAACAUCUGUUCCCAACACUGUGUGGUGACCCGUGUUUGUAGGAGCUGCAGGAUUCAUUUUACGAUGCGCCGCACCAGUUGUUGUGACACCAGGCAUCAGUGGUUCAUUUUAGUCCACCACACCACACUUUAGUGAAGAAACAGAAUCUGACUGUCAAUCAGAAACUCAAAUGUGAAUGAAGCAUUGUGCGAAAGAACAUUGCUGCUUUUUACACUGCGACAAAGACAAAUCCGUGUCUUUAAAUAAAAUCAAGAGAAACA